AUGCCCAGGGAGGUCGUCCGCGGUCAAGUGCUCGCGUUGCGAAAUGCUGGCCUCUCCUACAACAAGAUCGCCACCCAGCUUCACCUCCCACGUUCUACAGUGAUCAGCAUCACCCAACGUUUCUCGGGAAGGGCGACGACGAGCGACAGCCCCCGCCCCGGUCGCCCCAGCAAGCUCAAGUCAUUUCACCGCAACAACAUUGUAGCACAGAUCCUCCUCGAUGAGUCCGACACCGCACCCGAAGUGGCCGCCACUAUGCGCACAUUGUCCAAACAUUGGACCGUCGAUGACUGGCUGAGGGUCGUCUUCUCCGACGAGACUGCUCUCUAUCUCUACAGGAACAACAACGGUGGUCGUGUAUGGCGUCUGGUUGGCGAAACGUUGACCGAUCGAUGCGUGCAGGGCACGGUCAAGUUCGGCGGUGGCCAUAUCAAUGUUUGGGGCGCCAUCUCUCGUUUCGGAAUUUCGCUUUUCUGCGAGGUCGGCGACGUCAUGAACGGCGACACCUACCUCUCAGUUUUGGAGAGCGAGUUGCUAGCAAGCAUUCGCGUGUGGAACAACAAAAACGAGAUGAUUUUCAUGCAUGACAACGCCCCUUGUCACAAAAGAAAAGAUGUGGCGAAGUGGUUCGAAACCAAUCAGAUCACCGUCCUGGACUGGCCUGCGAACUCUCCCGACCUCAACCCCAUCGAAAAUGCGUGGAACAUGGUCAAGAACAAGAUCUACCAGGAGAGGGAGAUCAAGAGCAAGGCCGCGUUGUGGGAACGCUUCCAAGCGGUCUACGAAGAAGUGCUCACGCCAGAGGUCUGCCGCGAUCUCAUUUCAUCGAUGCCGCGCCGCAUUCAAGCUGUGAUAGAUGCCAAUGGUGGUUAUACCAAGUACUGA